AUGGGCCGCUCGUACGGAGGCCGGGUGCUGGCCGCGAUGACCCUGCUGGGCAUCCCAGCCGCCGUGCUGGUCGCGCUGGCCGCGCAGCUGCUGUUCCAGCUCCAGGCGGGGCGCGCGGAGCUGCGGGGGGUGCGCACCGACGUGCUGCACCCUGAGCUGGACCCCGACGCGGGGCUCCCCGAAGCUGCGGCUGGGGCGUUGCUGCCGCUGGCGACUGCGCUGGCCGCGCUGGCGCAGGUCCUCGGGCUCAGCUGCCUGCUGCUCGCCGCGCUCUGCGGUCACCUGGGCGCCGAGCUGGCGCGCGGCCCGGGGCCGGCCAGGUCGGACUGGUUUCUGUACGACUGCCGCCUCCUCAGGCACUCGGCGCUUGGCCUGUUCUGCUGUGGGGUCUCCGUCUACUUAGCAGCACUGGCCAUUUACACCCUGCUGCUCUUCGAGAUCGAGGCGGGUGCAGCAGCCGCGUCCAUCCUGGGCUCAGGUGCCCUGGUCCUGGUGGCGGUAAUGACUCACACCCUGCUCCGGGCUGUUCGGGCCACUCGCCGGGGUCUCCACGAGCUGUCCCCACCCUCCUUGGAAGAUGAGCCAGCCCGACCUUCAGAAGACUCCAAAGUUGGCUGCAGGGCUCAGCCCCAGCAGGGUACCCAUUGCCAGACCCUCUAUGCCCCAUCCCGGGAACCUGGGGAUCCCCCUGGGCCCAUGGCCACUGGCAUCACAUCCACAGUCCUGGGGAAAGCCAGUGAUCACAGUCUGUCUGCUUCUCCCCGGCACCAGACACGAUUGGCUGGCACGGGCCGCUGGGAGGGGGUCACUCACGAGAUGCGUAGCAUGCUGGGCCACAGGCCACUGGACAUGGGGAAGGACGCCACGCUGGUGUGAGCUGGGAGUCAGGGGCAAGAUGAUAAAAUGGUGACAUCACAGAGACAGGUCCAGCUCAGCUACUGUAGCCAUUGACCUUCUUCCCUCUGA